UAUCCUCUCUUCUCUUUCUCUUCUUGUUUCUUUUUUUCAUCUCAAAUGGAAAAUAGAUUUAAAAUGAAAAUUUCUAGUUUGUUUAAAUCGUCAUUUGGUUCUUGCAAAUCCAAGAAUAUUUCUAAUGAUAUUGAUAAUAAUAAAAAACCAGUUUUUCAAAAUCAUCAACAUUAUCAAUUAGCUGAACUUUUCUCUCCAAAGCCUAGUCCAUUUCCUUCCAUGUUUAGACACAAAUGCCCUCAAAAUCUACUUCCAUAUAGUGGCGUACGCAGAAAUUUUUUGCAAGCAGCAACAUCAAUUUAUUGUCACAAUUCGACUUGUGAUACAAAUGGACAAAAAUGUCCUCCAGCAUCACCAAAUUUUCCUCAAGAGAAGUGCAACUUCAACUCCAUGACCAAAUAUUAUGAAAAGAAUUCCAAGAAGAAAAAUAAAAAGAAGAAAUUCAAGAAAAUGACAAAUUCCAAUAUUAAAAGAUUUACUAAUUUUGAUCAAGAAUUUCUUAAUUUUGAUUAUAAGGGUCUUUUUAGUAGUGAUGACGAAAGUGAAGAUGAAAAUGACAAUAAUACCUUUUUCUCAUCAAGGUCAUUUACUAAUUCUGAUUCAUCAGAAUAUUCACUCCGGCGAAAACCACGGCGAAGGAGGGCGGCGAAAGGUGGCGUAAAGGGUAGUCUUGCGGUGGUGAAGAAAUCAAGAGAUCCUUAUGGUGAUUUUAGAAAUUCAAUGUUGGAAAUGAUUAUGGAAAAUCAAAUAUUUGGUGAAAAGGAACUUGAAAAUUUGUUGGAAUGUUUUUUAAAAUUAAAUUCACAAUAUCAUCAUGAGGUAAUUAUUGAUGUUUUUACUGAGAUUUGUGAAGCUUUGUUCUCUAACUUGUCAUAGGAAAAAGAACCAAAAAAAAUGCAUUAAUAUGUUUUAUUAUGCAACUUUUUGUUGCGUUUUAUUAAGAAUGAGUAGUUAGUGUAAUGUUUCGGGUUUGA